AUGUCAUUAAAAGAAAAUUGCAGAGAAAGAAUUUUUAGUGUAAUUACUAAAAUAGCAGAAAAAAGUAAGUAUGUUAUUAUGAUUGUAGAUAACAAUGCCUAUAAAAUAUUAUCAAUGAUAUGUAAAAAUGAAGAAUUAUUAGAAAAAGGAGUUUCUUUAAUAGAAUUAAUUGAUACGAAAAGAAGUAGUUUACAAGAAUUUGAUUGUAUAUAUUUUAUAAGUUCAGAUAUUCAAACGGUAGAUUUCAUGUUAAAUGAUUUUAAAAAUGAAAAGGAAGCAAAAUACAAAAAUAUUCAUAUAUUAUUUACCUCAAAUAUUGGAAAGAAUAGUAAAAUUAUAGAUUUAAUAGCUAAUAAUGAUUUUAUAUUAAAAAGAAUAAAAAGUUGUGCUUGUAUAAAUUUAAAUUUUUUAGCUUAUGAAAGUAGAAUUUUUUACUUUGAAAAUAAUUUAAAUUUAUAUGAUUAUUAUCCAUUAAAAAAUUCGGAUAUUUUAUUUGAAUUAUCAUCUAAAUUACUAUCUGUAUGUUCUUGUUUAAAAAUGACUCCUCGCAUACGUUAUCAAAAUUCUGAAUUAUGUAGAAAAUUUUCGGAGAUAUUCUAUAAUAAUAUAAAUAAUAUUAAUACUCUACAAAAUAAUAAUAGUAAUGAUGACUUAAUAUUAAUUUUAGAUAGAUCAAUUGACAGUUCUAUUUUAUUUAUACAUGAAUAUUCUUAUCAAAGUUUAUGUUAUGAUAUAUUAAAAAUUCGAGUAUCAAAUGAAGAAGAUGAAGAAGCGCAUUCACUUUCUUUUGAAAUUACAAAUAAUGAUCAGAAAAAAGAAGAAAAAAAAGCUAUUUUAUCAGAAGAUGAUGAAAUAUGGUUAAAGUAUAGACAUCAUCACAUACAAGAUGUGAAUGAAAUUAUAAAAAAUGAAAUUUCUUCUUUUUCUGAACAAAAUGCAGUAGCAAAAAUUCAAAAAAAAAAUAUUUUAAACCCAGCUGAAGCACUGGAUGCAUUAAGAUCACUACCUCAAUACGAAAGUAUGAUUGAACGAUAUUGGUUGCAUGUGUAUUUAUGUAAUAACUGCUUCAAGAUCCUGCAAAAAAAGAAUAUAGUAGAUAUUGGAUUAAUAGAACAAGAUGUAUGUUGUAAUGUUGAUAAGUAUGGGAAAGAGCUUAGUUAUAGUAAAAAUCUAACUAGUGUAAAUUCUAUCAUUACAAGUAAUGAUUACGAUCAAGAAGAAAAAGCAAGACUGUUAUUGCUGUAUUUUAUUAAUUAUGUAAAUAUAAGUGAAUAUGAUAAAAUGAAAAUGAUUGAAUCUGCACAAUUGAAUUUAUUUAUGCAAAAAAUGAUAAACGAAUUUUUAAAAUUAAAGUUGCAUUUAAAUCAUUUAUAUAUUGAUGAUAAUUUGUCAUCUAAUAAAGUUCAUCAUAUGUUAGAUAAAAAUAGAAAAAAAAUUAAAUAUUAUAAAAAUGUAGCUAAAAACUCCAAAUAUGAAUUGACUAGGCAUGAACCAAAUAUAAAAGAUAUAAUUUUACAAAUAUAUACCAAUACUUUGCAUAAAGGUCAGUUUCCUUUUGUUGAUAGUAAUAAAAGUCAGAAUAUCAAUCAAAUAAGUUCUUCUGAACAAAAACAAAAUGUAUCAAGAGGAACUAUAUGGGAAUUUAAAACAGAAACAAAAAAGUUAGCUAAAGAUGAGGAAAAAAAAAAAAUUGUUAUUUUUAUAAUCGGUGGUAUAACAUAUCCAGAAAUCAGGCAUAUAUAUGAAUUGUCAGAACAACUAGAUUUAGACAUUUAUUUAGGUGGAACAUCAUUAUUAACUAGCAAUGUCCUUUUUAAUCAAUUUAAAAUUUUAGCUAAUUUUUAA